UGCACAUAUAAACAACUCUACAAUAUUUUAUCUACUCAAACUAUAUAUUAUAAUAUUUAUCUCCUAGCAGCCAGGAAUCAGUGGUUGGUUGACGAAUAACACUCCUCAAAUCUCUCCUCUGUGUUUCAACAUUUCUCGUUCCAAUGGAGCUGGACCAGCUGGUUGUUCCUGCUGUGAAAAUGAGUAGUGAGAGGGGGAUUAGGAGUGGUACAACUCUGAUAUGUGCUCCGUUAAUGGCGGAUAGCGCGGAGGAGAUGGUUGUUUUAAUGAAUAAGGCUAUGUCGUGUGGUGCUGACCUCGUGGAGGUUAGAUUGGAUAGUUUGAAAAGAUUUGAUCCUCCUCGAGACGUCGAUUACUUAAUUAAGCAAUGUCCUUUGCCGAUUCUGUUUACUUACAGACCUCGAUGGGAAGGGGGACAGUAUGAUGGUGAUGAGGAAAGCCGAUUGGAAGUGCUGCAAUUGGCCAUGGAACUUGGAGCUGAUUACAUUGACGUGGAGUUAAAGGCUGCUGAUAAGUUCAACACGUUGAUGCGUGCAAAGAAGCCUGAAAAGUGCAAACUCAUUGUUUCUUCACACAACUAUCAAUAUACUCCAUCAGUUGAAGAUCUUGGGAAUCUCGUGGCUGUUAUACAAGCAAGUGGAGCUGAUAUAGUGAAGAUUGCUACCUUUGCCUUGGAUAUUACCGAUGUGGCACGCAUUUUUCAGAUUACUGUUCAUUCGCAAGUUCCAAUAAUAGCAUUGGUUAUGGGGGAGAGGGGUUUGAUAUCUCGAAUACUUUGCCCGAAGUUUGGAGGAUACCUUACUUUUGGCACCCUUGAGUCAGGAGUAGUUUCAGCUCCUGGGCAACCCACAAUUACUGAUUUGCUCAAUUUAUACAAUUUUAGACAAAUUGGGCCCGACACAAAAAUAUAUGGUAUUAUUGGAAAGCCUGUUGGCCACAGCAAAUCUCCCAUUUUAUACAAUGAAGCAUUCAGAUCAGCCGGGUUUAAAGGAGUUUAUGUGCAUCUAUUGGUGGAUGAUUUGCAAAAAUUUCUGGGAAGUUAUUCAUCUACAGAUUUUGCUGGGUUCAGUUGUACUAUUCCUCACAAGGAGUCUGCAGUAAAGUGCUGCGACGAGGUGGAUUCAGUUGCCAAGUCGAUAGGAGCUGUUAAUUGCAUUGUGAGGAGAAACAAUGGGAAGUUAUUUGGUUGCAAUACAGAUUAUGUUGGUGCAAUUUCUGCAAUAGAGGAUGGGCUGAGAGGUUCACACCUUACAGAUAGUGCAGCUGGGUCACCCUUGGCUGGUAAACUUUUUGUAGUCAUUGGUGCUGGCGGUGCUGGAAAGGCACUUGCAUAUGGUGCCAAGGAGAAGGGAGCAAGGGUUGUGAUUGCCAACCGUACUUAUGAUCGAGCAAGAGAACUUGCUGAUACAGUUGGAGGACAGGCUUUGUCUCUUUCCGACUUAAAUAGUUUCUGCCCUGAGGAUGAUAUGGUUCUUGCUAAUACAACCUCUAUUGGGAUGCAACCAAAGAUCGAUGAAUCACCCAUUUCUAAGGAAGCUCUGAAAUCAUACAAAUUGGUUUUUGAUGCGGUUUAUACCCCCAAAAUCACCAGACUACUGAAGGAAGCCGAUGAAUGUGGAGCAAAAAUUGUUACCGGGGUUGAAAUGUUCAUUGGUCAGGCUUACGAACAAUACGAGAGGUUUACAGGGUUACCCGUACCAAAGGAAUUAUUUAGACACAUCAUGGCUACAUAUUGAGAGAGGUUACGCAGGAAAUACAGUUCAAGUAUCAUCUGCCGCAAGUUGAGGGAUUUGAAUCAUUCUUGGAAGCCGACAACUCCGAAUUUGAUUUGUAUGUAUCUCAUUCUUUUGCCAACAUCCAGGGAAGCUUGGUCUAGUAGAAUAAGGAAAACUAUAUAUCUCCAUUCUAAAUGCAUCUGUAGUUCUCACUUGGGGCAAAAAGCAUCCUAUUGUACUGAUACUUGAUACUGUAAACCCUCUUCUUCUUUUUUUUUUUUGCGAAGAAAAUGUGUUCUACAACACAGACAAUAUAUUAGAGUCACUGCCAUAUUACUGCGUUUGUCGUUCU